CGAUAUCGGUAUGUGUAUUUGAAUAUUCUUGAUUAUUGCAAGUAUCUUUAGAUGAGUUAAUGAAGCUCCAGGCAAACAUUUUUUUAUAAAUGUGACGACUUCUUCAACAUGGUAAAUUGGAAAAAUGUUAGAAGUGCCUUUGACAGGUACAGUCUCGCACCUAGAUUCAUUGGACGCUAUGGCGGAAGGUCACGGCUACCUCUUGAUCCAAAUCAAAUUUUGGAAGUAUUACUACUACUAGCGCACGACCAUUGCCAAUGACGAAUACAGCCUCGAGAUGGGGUAAAAUCCCUAAAUAAGAGAUUGGGAUGAAGAACUUUCUACCUCCAUUUUUACGUUUUGAGAAAUUUAGAAGUCCAGGUGGUUGUAGUCAGAAUACUUUAAGGGUAUUACAAUGGGUAUUAAAUAAGCAAUGUGAAGCAAUCAUAUUUGGUUCUGUUGGUAAAGAUGAAGAGUCUGAAGAAUUAAAAAUAUUGAUGAACAAAUCUGGUGUACAGACAAGGUAUGUACAACAAAACUUGCCAACAGGAAAAACCCUAGCAUUGGUGAAAAACAAAAUCAGCACUUUAGUUGCUUGUGUAGGAGCAGCAGAAUACCUACCUUUAAGUGACUUGCUAUCACUAGAAGAUAUUAAUUCAAUUAUGGAAAGAGCAAGUUAUGUUUAUAUUGAAGGAUUUUUUCUUACAAAAAGAGCUGAAACUGCAAACUAUAUACUGAACCUUAGUAUGAAACAUGGAAAACCAGUACUAUUUAACUUAAGUGGAAAGUAUAUCAUAGACAUUCAUCCAGUUAUUAUACAGCACUUUGCAAAGAGCUCUAAUUAUUUGUUUGGUACUCUGGAAGAAUUUGAAGCACUGUGGAAGUCUAUGGGGUUGCAAACCAUGCAAGCAUUUAUUAAUUCUAUUAUGAAACACAGGAACGAGAAAUCUGUGGUUAUAACAAAUGGAGGCAAUCCAGGUUAUUUUGUAGAAAAUAGUUCAGAAAUAAAGAGGUUUGAGGUUUUGAAGAUCAAAGAUGACGAUAUCCGAGAUACUACAGGAACGGGAGAUGCUUUUGUAGGUGGAUUCAUCGCAGCACUCAUAUGUAAAAAAACAUCCAUCACUGAAUGCAUCAAAACAGGAACCUAUGCAGCUUGCCAAAUAUUACAACAGACAGGUUGCACAUUACCAAACUUCGAAUGUAAUGCUUUAAAAUAGAAAUAAACAUAAAUAAUCAUCGUGCUAUUAUUAUUGUGUACUUUAUCAAGUAGAUUAUUUUUAUAGACAAUUGUCGGAUGAAUCAUCUUGCAGAAUACGAUUAAAAACUAUAACGAACUCUGAAUAAUUUCAUGUGUGAUUUAUACUUACCGCGGCAGAAGGAUCAACUGUAUCGAAUGACUGGAGACGGG